AUGGCGCAAUGGGAACCUGGCUGUGCGCCCCGGGCCACGGAAAAGGCGAUUUCCGAAGCUGUCGCACGAAGCCGCUGGCAUCACGUCGAGCGUUUCGAUGCAAUGCGGCUGAGUGCGCACCGCAGACCACGAAGACUGCGGAAUGCCACGGAGGCGCAUCGCGGGCCUUGGAGGGGUUUUUGGCUGGCUGGACUCUUCGGCCUUGCUGGAGGCUACGGUGCCCCAACGGCCCGGCGAGCUCCUUCGAAGCCGGCUCAAAGAGCUCGUGUUGGCCUCGCCAGCAGCGAGGACACGACAGCCUCCGGAGACAGCGACGCGGAAGAGGAGACCACGGAGGAUGCGACCAAGUCAGAGGAUAAGGACGACGAGAAGUCCGAGUCAGCUUCCGACGACAGUACGGCGGAGGGUGACGAGAAAUCGGAGAAGCCUGACAAAGAGGACGCGGAGAAGUCCGAAGCUGUCAAAGAGGAAGAAGAGACGCCCGUGAAGGAGGCUGAAAAGGAGGAAGAGAAGACGGAUGGCGAGAAGAGGAAGGAGGAGCAAGAAGAAGAUGGCGAGAGUGAGGAUGAGAAGCCGAAGAAGGAUGCUGCGAAGGAGGAGAAUAAGGAGCCGGAAGCAUCUGAGAAGAAAGAGAGCGACCAAGAGGAUGCAGGCAAGGAGGCAGAGGAGAAGAAGGAGAAAGAUCCCGAGGAUACAAAGAAAUCCGAGCCUGAAAAAGAAGAGAAGAGAGCCGAAAAGGCGGUGGACAAGUCGGAGUCUGGGGAGGAAGAGGAGAAGACCGCAGAAGAGGAGGAGUCAGAGAAGAAAGAAGCAGAGCCCACGGACAACGAGAAGCACGAAGAGUCCGAAAAGCGAAAGGAAGAGAAGCCCGAGGAAGAGGAGAAGCCCAAGGAAGAGGAGAAGCUCAAGGAAGAAGAGCAGCCCAAGGAAGAAGAGAUGCCCAAGGAGUCUGUGAAGGAAGAGCAAAAGGUCGAAGAAGAGAAGAAGUUGGAGUCCGAAAAGGUGGAGCAAAAGGUGGAAGAAGAGGAGAAGUCAGAGUCUGAGAAGGCGGAGAAGUCCAAGGAAGACCCAGAAGAGGAGAAGGAGAAGCCUGAAGAAUCGGUUUGUAGACCUCGGGUCGCGUGGCAGCGGAAUUUUCAGCACAGUUCAGAGCCGCAGCGUGAUGCCAAGUGUCAUGAAGUUCCUGCGAAGGCAAAGAAGGAGGAGUCGGAGGCAGGCGCGCCAGAAGAGCAGAAGGAGAAGAAGGACUCAAAGAAGCCCGAAGGUGCAGAAGAGCCGAAGAAUGAGGCAGAAUCCAAGGACGACCAGAAAGAUGGAGAGCCAAAGGAUGAUAGCAGGGAAGAGGCAAAAGACAAGACGGAGGAAGCACCAAAAAAGAUUGAAGAGCCCAAAAAGCAAGGAAAGCUCUCCGGGACGGAAGAGGCAGGAUAG